CGUAUUUGUGUUUCGCUGGCGGCGGAGACUGACGGUGGAAGGCCGGACGGCGGCGGAACUCCGGCGAGCGCGGCCGGGACCUCCAACCUCUCGUCAACUCCCCAAGCGACUCCUAUUCCUCCGCUCCAUCCAUGGCGUCCCCCUCCCCUCCACCAACGGCGUCCUCCACCUCCUCCUCGCCACACCGGAAGCUCCUCCACUCGUUGAUUUACUGGGCCGUGCAGCGCUGCCGGGUGUCGGAGUCGCCGUGCCGGCUCACGGUCUCCGUCAAGCGCUCCCCGGAACCCGCUCGUUCCUCGCCCCUGCGUAUAGCUGUUUCAGACACUGGAGUUGGGAGCAAGCUAGAGGAGUUCCUGGAGCUAGAUGCCUUGGCGCGUGAUACCCCCGUGGAGAAAUGGGAUGGUACCCUCUUAAUCACAACUACCGGAAUCAAUGACAAAACUAUUUAUCAUUACCAAUUUAAUCUUCAACAAGAAACAUCUUCAAGUGCAAGAUUUACCAAGCUAUCAACCACAUAUAAAAGUCAUGCUAUAUUCAGUGGAACUGAAGUAUCCCUUUGCCUGUCAAAUGAAGCUGAUGUUGAUGACUUCAUAUUAUGGUUGGUUGGCUUUGUCCACAAGAUAUUCGUGCUAAGACCAGCUAAUUUAGCAUGUGAGCUCUUUAUUGAGCAAACAGAUAGUGCUGGAUCAGGAAAUGUUUGUAUGUCGCAAGGUUCUGAUGAUGUCCAUCUUCCCAUUACCACAUCAAGUAUUGACCGUCUAGUUUCUGGCCUUAAAGAUUAUGCACUCUCCCAUGGAAAUGCUUCUGACAAGUGUGAAGCAUGCUAUAUGAACAGGGAUUGUCUGAAGAUUGGAACUGGAGCAGUAAACAAUGUAGACAGAAGAAAAGCUAAAGGGCAGUUUGUCGAAGUUGUGAUAAUGAUUGCGCAUACUUCAUCUGAUUUGAGCUGUUGGAUCUCAAAUUGUUCAUCUACACAGGUUUUGCAUUUUGAAGACUUCAUACCAUGUCCCAUCUCGCAAUCCUCCUUCAAUGUGCUGAUGAGCAUAGACUGGCAAAGCUAUGGUUUCAAGUUAAAAGGAGGUUUCAUGGAUGACGAUGGAAAUGCUGUGCUUCAGUGGGAUAACAUAACAUUUGCUCGUGUUGAUAUUGCUAUUCACACUUACCACGGAGGUGCAGUCAAUGAAUGGAAGAUAUCUCAACCUGAAAGGCAUCUUGUAAGGAAGGCACUAAAGUCUGCAUUGCUUGGACUGAAAGUAGAUCAUGCAGAAGACUUCCUUAGUUGCCAUGGCCAGAAGGUCCGCGAAUAUGUCCCUGAUCUUGCAGAAUCAAUUGCUGGCUUAAUCUUAUCAUCCAGUGAUCAAGAGUUCCAAGAUGAAUGCAUUGCUCUUCUCGGACUAGGCUCAGAUCAAGAUCUCACAGAAGGCUCGGUUAGAUCCUGCAUCGGUGAGAAGAUGAACCGUAUCAUUGAGAUGAAUGACACCAAGGAUAACGUAGAGCACAACUCACCUUAUCUGUUCGAGUGCGAGAAGAUAGAUGAAGAUAGCCAACUGGACGAAGACGACGCAGAUCAAGAUAUGAUUCUUGAUUUCUAGCAUCGUUCUCUUUGCUAAUCUUGUAGCGGUAGCAUUGUUCUCUUUACCAAUGUCGUCUCGGUGGCACAGUUUUACUCUGACCAAAUAAAUUUAUAUCAACUGUAACAACUGCUUUCUACUUUUUAUUAGAAGAAACUGCUUUCUAACUCUUGUAUGCAAAAUUCAGAAAAUGCAAAGUGAUUGCCCAUG